AUGAAUUAUGCUGCUGUUAUUAGUAUGUCAACUCAAACUAUAAAUAUUUUUAAAGAAAUGCGAUCAGAUAAAAAGUUUGAUGAAAUGUGGGAUAAAGUAAUUGAAAUGGCAAUAGAAAAUAAUAUCGAACCUGCCCAAUUACCUAGAAAAAAAAAAAUACCAAUGAGAUUUGGAGGGGGUGGACAUCAACCCCAAAAAAUACAGAUUAAAGAUUAUUACCGAAUAAAUAUUUAUUUUGCAGUAUUGGAUAUAAUUGUGAAAGAAAUUAUAGAUCGGUUUCAGGAAAAUGAACUAGAAAUAUUGGAUGGGCUGAUGAAUGUAUUUACUAAUGAAAAUCCUGAUGAAAAGUUAUUGGACAUUGUUUGUAAGACCUAUAAGUUUGAUAAUCAUGAACUUCAAGCAGAACUAAAAAUCUUUAAUAGAAUGUUCAAAUCUAAACAAAUCAAUUCAAAUAAUAGUUUAUUUCAAAAUAAAUUAGAUUAUAUGAAACAAGGGGAAAUUAAAGAUGGGUUUCCUUUAUUAUCCGAAAUUUUAAAACUAUUAAUGACAAUACCUACAAAUACUGCGUCAUGUGAACGAAGUUUUUCCUGCUUGAGAAGACUUAAAACUUACCUCAGAUCAACUAUGGGACAAGAAAGACUGUCUGAUUUAGCAAUAUUACAAAUUGAAAGGAAUCGAGUUAUAGAUUCCAAAAUUGUAAUCGAUGAGUUCAACGCAGCAGCAACUGUACAUGGUAGACGUUUAAGUUUAAUUUAA